UGUAAAACAAGACAGUCGCUGCGUCUCAGCAGAAAGCCACUGACUCACGCCUCUCCUCUGGUACUUGGGAGUCAGCUGCGAACCAGCAAACUCUGAAACAGCCGCUCUGACUGCAGCGCGCAUUCGUAUACGGCGCGUUCGGUCCAUCGGCUGCAACACGCGGAAUUCCAGUUGCCGUUUUAGCGCGCUUUAAAUUCUGUCAAUCAGCACGUCAUGAUGGAAACUAUAGGGCGAGCGGCAGUUUUAACGGUCACCAGCGCUUCAGCUUAGUCGUUGAUGGGAUUCUGCAGCUCGUCUGUCGCUUCUUCUUGAGGAAAUUAAACGCGGAGGAUCUUUUCGAUAAAAACAAGUGCCGGUGAUUCUCGAAAGCCACCAAAUCGAGUGUUUUAAAACGGCGUCUGGCUGUAUUUGUGGAGUAAGUGAGUUGGGAUUCCUGUGAAGGUGCCCAUCAUCCGCAGUGUGAGCGCGACUGCGGCGGUGAGGUGAAAUCCGCAGCGAGAACAGGUACAGAAUGUCCCCAACUUCACGAGAAGCCUGAAUACUGAUACAGAGCACAGGUAGCAAGUAGUGGACAGAGACACUCUUCCCGUAAGGCAACAGGACAAUGGCUUCCCACAACAGGAGAUGGAGCUUUUUCACUUUUUCGUGCUGCAUCAUUGUCCUGCUGGUUCCCCUCGUGGCUACGAGGCCACAACAGCCUUCAGCGGCAUCCAGAGUACAUGAGGAAUACAGCACGUUCCGGGUGGAGGACCCUGAAUGGACCUUUAACCACCUUGCGGUGGAUCACAGAAAUGGGAAUGUGUACCUUGGGGCAGUGAACCGCAUCUACAAACUCUCACCUGAGUUGGCCGUGCAGGUCUCGCAUCAGACCGGUCCAGAUGAGGAUAACCGGAACUGCUACCCGCCCCGUAUAGUGCAGCCUUGUAGCGAACCACUUACGUUGACCAACAACGUCAAUAAGAUGCUGCUCAUGGACUACCGUGAGAACCGGCUGCUGGCCUGCGGCAGCCUGUACCAGGGUAUUUGCAAACUCCUCCGUCUGGAUGAUCUCUUUAAGCUUGGAGAGCCCUUCCAUAAAAAAGAACACUACCUCUCUGGCGUCAACGAGAGUGGCUCCGUUUUUGGGGUCAUUGUGUCUUACGGUGACGCCUCGCCUGAUAAGCUGUUCGUGGCCACAGCUGUCGAUGGAAGGCCGGAGUACUUCCCGACGAUAUCCAGUCGUAAGCUCACCCGAAACUCUGAGGAGGAUGGGAUGUUCGCCUACGUCUUCCACGAUGAAUUUGUUGCCUCCAUGAUUAAAAUCCCGUCGGAUACAUUCACGGUGGUGCCAGACUUUGACAUCUAUUACAUAUAUGGGUUUAGCAGUGGAAAUUUUGUGUAUUUUCUCACAUUGCAACCCGAAAUGGGAGGAGGCCCAACGACAGGGUCAUCCUCAGCCGGGCGCGAACAGGUGUACACUUCCAAACUGGUGCGACUCUGCAAGGACGACACCGCGUUCAACUCGUACGUCGAGGUUCCUCUCGGUUGCGUUAAGGGUGGGGUUGAGUAUCGCCUCCUGCAGGCGGCCUACCUAUCCAAGGCAGGUACCAUCCUGGCACGUUCGCUGGGCAUAGGACCCGACGAUGACAUCCUUUAUGCAGUGUUCUCCAAAGGACAAAAAAGGAGGCCCAAGGAGUCAUCUCAGGAGUCAGCUCUAUGCGUAUUCACUCUGAAAGAAAUUAACGAAAGAAUUAAAGACCGGCUGCAGUCGUGCUAUAAAGGAGAGGGAACCCUGGAUCUCGCCUGGCUCAAAGUGAAAGACAUCUCGUGCAGUAGCGCGCUCCUCACCAUCGACGACAACUUCUGUGGUCUGGAUAUGAACGCCCCACUCGGCGUCUCGGAGAUGGUACGCGGAAUUCCACUGUUCUCCGAAUCCAAUGACAAAAUGACAUCGGUUAUCGCCUAUGUGUACAAGAACCACUCUCUGGCUUUCGUAGGGACCAAAGGGGGUCGUCUAAAAAAAGCCUUAGAGGUCUAG